GUGUGAGAGAGAGGGGUUGUUCUGGAGCAGCCACUGAAUCCCAGACAGAAAGCGACGACUCCACAGCUCGACAGGCUGCUCCUCUGAGCUCGACACGAUGAAAAGUUUGCUCUCAGUGACGCUGCUGCUCCUCCUGGUCCUCACGCUCAGCGCCGAGGCCAACAAAAGAGCCAAACAUCACAAAGGUGGAAAACAUGAUAAAAGCCGGUCUUCCACUGAGUGCUCCCUUUCAGAGACCCAGUACGGGAAAUGUGUGCCGGAACACGGAGACUGUGGAGAAGGACUGAGAGAGGCCACCUGCAAAGAUCGCACCGAGAAGCUGCACUGCAGGAUCCCCUGCAACUGGAAGAAGGACAUCAGUGACUGCAAGUACAAGUUUGGAGCGUGGAGUCCAUGCGACGCCGCCACCAACACCAAGAGCCGGUCAGGGACGCUGAAGAGAGCUCUGUACAACGCAGACUGUCAGACCACCGUCAAGGUGUCCAAGCCCUGCUCCCACAAAGCCAAGAAGACCAGAGGAGAGAAGAAAUCAAACUGAAGAAGAACGUGAACCAGAAGACGAAGGAGUUCUCCUCCUCCUCCUCCUCCUCCUCCUCCUGCAGCUCAAAGUUGCCUUCUUUUCUUCAGACCUAAAACCAGAGACUCCAAAACAGACUUCCUGUCCUCAAACUGAUCCCAUCUGACUUGCUGAUUCCUGCUCCCAUUCCAUGCUUUCCUUGGAUCUAAGCUUUAGCUGGUCAGAAUAACCUUUGUUCAGUAGGUGAUAGUGUACCCCCCCCCAAACCCCGCCAGUAGUC